UUUCUCAAAAUAUGAUAUUAAAUGAAUAAAAGUUGGAAACUAACAGAACACGAAGGAUGAAAAAGUGAGCACGCUAAACUGUUGAAGAUAAUUUAUUUUUCAUGAAUUGGCAGUUAGAUGCCUUGCGAGCCGAUAUAGAGUAAAAAUAGCGCACACAUUGAUAAUUUUGUGGAAGUAGUUAAGGCCAGAUUUUUAAGAUUCUGCUAUUCUGUGCAUUCGUUGAAAAGAACGCAGCCAGUAUAUGAGAAAUUUUAAGUCCACUAAAUCGCAGAAUAACCUAAUCAAAACUAACCUUCAUAUCUUGUGAAAUAAAAGUUAAAUAGAACUUAGAUGUCGGUAAUUAAUGCAGACCGCUAAUACUGAAUAAGAAAAAUUAUCAUGUUUGACGACUGUGAUGAAAACAAGGAAAGAGUUAAAAUACGUGAAAAUUUAAAGUCAUUAAGUUUUGAAGAGUUAAUUAAACUCAAGGAGACAGUAGGGUCGAAGAUGUACAAUAAAGCAGUUUUUCGAUCUACCAAUACAGAAUUUCCAAAAUCCCUAAUAAAAAGAGCAAAUAAAAAUCGUCCAAGAGAAGUAAGUUCAAAAACAAAAGCAUCGAAGCUCAGUUUAGCUCUACCAGUCCCUUUCAAGAAAAAUAUUCCAAGAGAUCCCCGCUUUGACCCUUUAUGUGGUUCUUAUGACAAGAAAUUAUUUAAUUCUAAUUAUCAAUUUAUUCAAAAUAUUCGUCAAAAGGAAAGGCAUACGCUACAGAAGGAAUAUAAUGAAUGUGUUGAUUCUGAAAAAAAAAGAAAAAUAAAACUUUUAAUCCAAAGACUGGAUAAUCAGAUAGGAGAACAGGAAAAAAUUGACAGGCAAAAUCACAAUAAAAGUGAAAAGAAACUGGAAAUCAGGGAGCAGUUGAAAAGAGGGAAAAAACCAGUUUUUAAAAGCAAAUCUGUAAAAAAAAUUGAGAAUCUGGUUGAAAAAUAUGAAGAAUUGAAGAAGAAUAACAAGUUACAAAAACAUAUUGAGAAGAGAUCCAAGAAAUUAUCAGCAAAAAAUAGAAAGAAACUCAUUGAAAUGGUGUAACUUUUUGUGUAGAAUAAAGCAUAGAGUGGUUAAAUUUUAAAUAAAAAUGUGGUUUUGGGGGCAAAUGAUGUUAAAUAUUAAUUGGUUUUAUUAUUUUACGCUCUCUAUGACAUUCCCUCUUCACCAAUUAAAACAUGUUCA